AUGAAGGUGUGCCAAGCGAACUUAAUUCUGAAAAAGAAACUGGAACCUGGCCGAAUUUACGACUUUAGAGUGGAGGUGCAGAACCAAAGAGGCCAAUUGGCAGCGAUGAAUUGUUCUUUUCAAGCCACGAAUGCGACCACGCCUAUAGAGCGCAUUUUUCCUGGCGCUCCCACCUUACUGGCAAUCUCGGAAAAUGCCAGAAGAAACACAGAAUUAGGCACUCUAACUGCUCGAGGAAAUCCGAACCGAAUAAAAGCGGUCUACAUGGAACUGUACGGCACUGUUCAGUUCGGGAUACAUCAGAAAUUGAUCUCAGAUCGAGACGCUGAAGGCACGAUUGUUCUGCUGAGUCCUCUCGAUUAUGAAACGAAGACUGUCCACCAUCUAACCAUAUUGGCCAACGACCCCUGGACGAAUAUGAAGGAAGACACCAGAAACAUCGCAGGAUGGCCUUUACUAGUGGCUGUAAUAGACGAGCAGGACACGCCCCCAAUUUUCACCAUAGCCCCGCCCACUACUACUUUAAGCCCCACUUUGAAGACCGGGGAUGUAAUCCUCAGGGUUCAUGCAGAAGAUGGGGACAGAGGCCAGCCGCGUCCAAUUCGCUACUCGUUGGAUCCGGAUGAUCCAGCCAGUGCGCUGUUCCACAUUUCCGACAAAACAGGCGAACUCACUCUUGCUCUUCCGGUUGCUCAGGUGCUCACUUUUCCCACCCAAGGCCAACCAAUUCUGCUCACGGUAACUGCCGAAGAAGUCCGAGUUAACUCGCAGGAGCCACCUUCUCAGUCCACUACCAUUCAACUGGCUUUAAUACCACCUGGUAUCACCUUAGGAUCGCCUACUUUCGGCGCAAUCGAAUAUCACGCCCUCUUGGACGAAAACUCCCCUGUAGGUACAACUUUAGAUCUACCGCAGGCGGAAAUCACUACAGAACCGGGCGAUGUGGUCACCUUGGAGCUGGAGAAGAACAAUGGAACAUUUGAACUAUCCCCAAGUGUGGUCGAAGGCUACGCCCAGUUCCAAAUUAGUGUGCACGACAAUCGCCUUCUGGACUACGAGCAAAGACACUACGUGGAAUGUUACGUAGUGGCCAAGGAACUGGGGAAAGGAAACUAUACAGCCAGGGCCAAGCUAACGGUGGUUCUAAAUGACGUCAACGAUAACCCUCCGCAAUUUGUCCAGGCGGAGUUCAAAGGGAAUGUUCCAGAACAUGCCAAUAUCGGCACCACUGUGCUAGUUGUGGAAGCCACUGAUGUCGACCGGGAACCUGGCAGUAAGAUUCAAUAUUUGCAGUUAACUGGGGCUGGAAGUGAGCUCUUUAGGUACGCUGUUGACAUUCUUGAAACCUAUUUUUCAGACCUAAUUCCUUUUAGUCUGGACUCAGAAACUGGAGUGAUUACAGUGUCAGCAUCUCAAACUUUGGACGCAGAAACGUUCCCAAUACUUUCUUUGGAAGUGCACGCAGCCGAUGAGAAUGGCAAAGGCCUAAAGGCCACCUCCAAAGUGACCAUCACUCUUUUGGACAUCAACGACAAUCCUCCUCACUUUGAAAAGGACGUUUAUGAGUUCAUCCUCAACACAGAUCGCAGUACUUUCACCACUCAAGCCUUUGUUAAGGCCUUCGAUAGCGACAUUUCCCCGCCCAAUAAUGAGGUUCGGUACCAGCUUCUCACUCCCAAUGAGGAUUUGUUCCUCAAUGAGAAAACCGGGGAGCUUUUGGUGAAGCGGAUGUGGGAACAGGAUGAAUUAGUCAGUGUGAAAGUGCGGGCAUUCGAUGAGGGCGUGCCUAGACUAUCCUCAGACGCAGAGGUGCGGAUCUACCCUCCGGAGUCCAAAACGCGCAAAAUCCUCUUUAUAGUGCCAGAAAAAUACCCGGAUAAACUAGCCACUGAGAAAACUCUGAGCGCUCUCACUGGAGGUCGGGUGGAGGUGGAGGAGAUUCGGCCCUACACAGGCUUUGAGCCUGGAGCCGCGUAUAUUUCCAGGGAAACGGAUGGGGAAAAAAGCGUGGUGGUAGCAACAGUGCACUACAACAAAGACUCCAUAGUGGACGUGAACAGAAUCCAGCAGCUUCUAGACGAUCAGAACAGGCAGCAGGAGCAAGUGCAGAAUAAUCAGCACACAAUCAUCAGAGAACGCGAGGAAACGCAAAUCAGGCAAAGCUCCAGUAGCGACUUGCUCUGGCUGAUCAUUCUGCUGAUUGUUCUGGCCAUUAUUACCGCGAUUAUCCUAAUUUUAUGCUGCAUCUGUAGUCCAUGUCCAUUCUACAUUCCGCCGAAGCGGCGCAAAGUGCGAAGCGCCGAUUUUGUGGAGAAGCUAAUUAUUAAAGGUUCAGGUCAAGGCAGGGAGAGUAAAUCGGUUCAAGUAGCUGAAUGGUUCGGGCGCAAGGAAGCUUGGAGUGCUGACAAGGAACCCGUUACGGUCGCUGUUGCCGAUGUAGCUGAGAGCGAGUCGCUGCGAAGACACGAGAUGGAUCGAGGCUCUGAAAAAGGAGGGCGACCAGCUGGUAUCAGGCAGCAACAGCUACACCAGAGCCAAAGCAUGCAGCACCUAAAUCAGCAACACGACACCGGGAGAGAGCAGUUUUACAUUAGGGAAGGCAAUGCUGAUAUUUUGAGGCUGAUCACUAGAGCGGGCGCAGAACCUCUUAGGAACAGCGCUCCAUUCGUUGAGCAUCAUCAGCAACAUUUUCUGGUGGAUAGCGGCAAAGAUAUCCUAAUGAGGAGGUUUAUUGACCAGCAGCAAGCUGAGGCUGCCAGAGCGCAAGUUCUGCUGCCAAACGCUGUAAACAAGCUGCAAACCGAGCAGGAAUUUCUGGAAGCAUCGUUGAGGCAACAAAACGCUCUGCUGCGCCAGCUCAUUCUGGAUAGGGAAAGAGACCUGCGUUUGGAAACCCAGUCUUUACCUGCAGGUGCGCAUAUUUUCACGACAGGCACCCAGACCGACCAGGAAAUCGCCACUCAAACGGAGCCUCAAUAUCUGCGGCCUCCACGUAGGCGCGUUCAAUCGGACUUGGAGCUCAGCGACGAAGGUUCUGAUGAGGAAAUCGCCAUCAUUAAGGCCAGAGCCAAGCGGCGACAUCGCAUAAUGAAGCCUAGAAAAAUCAAGACUCCAAUCCAAGAGGAAAGUGAGGCAGAACUAGCGGAAAAGUACGAAAAGCCCUUUAGGCAGGCGAGUGUUGAAACCAGCACGGAAACCAGGCCGAGGAUCAAGCAGACUCGUACGAGUGAGCUGAGGCAAAGGAUGGCCAGCACUGAUGCUGCACCUGAGAGGCGAUCCAAGUCGGUCAACAAAUCAGGCCUCAGAAGGGACGUUCUGAAGGAAAUAUCCGCAUCCUUAAACCACAGCGAGGACAGCGACAACAGCUACAACGAGCAGAAUCAAGCGUAUCCAGAAACCAGCUACUCGCAGAAUAGUUUGGACGAAAUCAGCCCUCGCUCGGAGAGAACUACUGAUUCAGACAAGCUGAGGCGAAGCUCAGAAGUUCCAGUAAAAUCCAACCGACGCCAACACUCAGAAUCUUCCGGCCAGCGCAGGUCUUCAGAAUCAUCUGAUAGACGGUUGGGGCGUCGCGGCUCAGAUUAUCAGAAAUCCAGGCCUCAAUUCCGAUCAGAAACUGACCUCAGGGCAGUUGGAAAGGCAUCUGAGCGGAGCCGCAAGAGGAGUGUGAAGAAGAGCCAGAGUCAGGCGGAGCUGAGCAGUUCAAGACAAAAGGAAGAGAAAAGAGAGAAAAAGCCUGCAGGCAAACGAACGUCGAGAUACAUGGAAUGGUAUACGAAAAGCAAGCCUAAUGGCGACAAAGAGGAGCGCAGAACGUCCGAUGCUUCUAAGCAAGACGUUGAGGUGGAAAAAGGAAGAAACUCUGCGGUGGAAUCCCGAUUGUUCAAGGAAACAGUGUCCAGCUCAAACAAAAAAGUUGAAAGCGCCAAGAAACCGAACAUGGGCCCAGAGCAUCCAUUGCUACAACACUCCGAACAUAGAUUCGAGAUGCAAUACCCAAAAAAGCGAGCCGAAGAAGACGCCGAUAGUGGAAUAGUGCUGACCAAGCCUGAAAUGGCGCUGAAGAAGAGCAUUUUCACCAUCGCCUACAACGACAUGCAUACCAGCCAACUGAGGCCGGAUAGUUCUGUUAAUACCCCCUAAAUUUGGCGAAAAAACACACUUAACCAACUGUAAAACAUUGUAUAUUUCAUUGCAAACUUACUGGUUUGUCUAUAAAAGUUGAAUAAUUUC